GCAUGUACAGAAACAACCGGAAGCAUUUACAAUGGGGAAAACGAAACGACAGCAGACAGCUUCUGUUGUGAAACGAACCAAACAUCACACUGGUCAAAAUAAACACGACAGACGAACUCAACAUCUAAAUAAAACAUCUCAAGAACAUGAUUUCAGUCAUGAAACUGAACGAGAAGAAGGUGCAGCAGCUGCUAGAUUUCCAUUGCCUCUUGCAAUGUGGGAUUUAGAACACUGUGAUCCUAAAAAAUGCACCGGGAGGAAACUUGCACGUAUGGGCUUUGUUAAAACCCUGCGUCUGAAUCAAAGGUUUAAUGGACUAGUUCUGUCACCUGUUGGAUCCAAAUGUGUUGCCCCAGAAGACAGGUCCAUCAUUGAACAAAAUGGAAUCGCAGUGGUUGAUUGCAGCUGGGCUAAACUACAGGAAACACCUUUUGCCAAAAUGAAGGGAGAUCAUGCACGUUUACUUCCUUAUCUUGUAGCAGCCAAUCCCAUCAAUUACGGCAGACCUUGCAAGCUGUCAUGUGUAGAGGCUAUUGCAGCAACACUGUACAUUACAGGCUUGUCAGAUCUGGCUGAAAAUUUGCUGUCCAAGUUCAAAUGGGGCUCAUCAUUCUAUUCUGUGAAUGAAGAACUGUUGAGCAGCUAUGCUGGCUGUAAAACAAGUGCUGAUGUGGUUGCUGUGCAGAAAGAAGUUUUAGCCAAGCAGUAUGAUGAGAGCCAGGAGAAUAAACUCAAAGAUUGGACUUUCAUUGAUAUGGACAUGGAUCAUUGCAAUCCAAACCACCCUAGAGAUUUACCUCCAUCCAGCUCCGAUGAGGAGAGUGAAGAGGAUGAAAGUGGAGAGGAAGAAGAGGGCGAAGAUGAAGAAGAGGAGGAAGACGAAGAAGAGGGUGAAGAUGAAGAAGAGGUAAAAGCCUCUGACACAGCAAGCUUGCCUGCUGCUCUUUCUUCGUGUUGUAUUAGAGACACACCAGCCAAAUCAGAAGCAUCAUCUUGUCAGCUCACAGAAGAUUCAUCAGGCAAAGUUGAAGCAAAUCCUCAGUUAACUUCAGUUGAUGAAUCCCUUGUCAAACCGCUUGUAACAGAGAACAGUAAAGACUAUGGUUGACCUUAUCCAUUAAUUUAUGUUCAGUAAUAAACAAGUCUAAAUGUAU